CCCGGGUCGAACCGCGACCGCGCGCGCCACGCGGGGGAGGGGGCGAGAAUCCCCGGGCGAGGGUCCAUCCCCGUGGGUCCAUUCGAGGUCACACCGGAGAGUAUCGGCGCGCGGCGAAGGAGGCGUCAUGGGCGCGGGCGGCGAGCAGAAACCCCCCGCGCGAUCCGGCGGUGGCGUUUGCGGAGGCCCCGUGAGGCGAAGGCUCCAGCCGAUCGGCAAGCCGAUGGAGCGACGCGCGAGCAGCCUGCAACGGAUCAAGGACGCGGCGGACUGGAAACGGAUAGGGUUACACCAGAAGUACGCGGACCAGACCAUGACGCGCCCGCUCAUGCGCGGCUGGUUCCACGCUCUCACUGCGUUCAUAUUCACCGCGCUCAUCGCCCUGGACGCGCACACCCUCUCCCCCGGUCCCGUCACCUGGUUCGCGGUGGUCACCUUCGUGAUCCCGUACUGGGCAUCAACCGCGCUGCACUGCGUGCCGUGGAGACGAAGAACCGCGCACGACCUCGCGCUCGCGCUGGAUUUUCUGGGGAUAUCCGCCGGCUUCGUGGGUCAGUCCGUCGGGUGGGUCGGGGUCGGCACGUGGCGCGGGGUCGAUGAAGGCGCCAGCUGGAGGUUGCGUUUCGCGGCGUGGUGCGCUCGGGGAAACGUCUCACUCGCCGCGGCGCUGGCGUGGCUGCUGACGUGCGCGCUGUACAAUCGGCACAGACAGCCGGUGAUGCUGUACUGCAGGAAGGCGCGGUUCGCGAUCGUGGGUGCGAACAUGUUGCUGCUGGGGUGCGUGGAGACGGCGCUGUGCCACGACUGGAGGCUCAACGUCGCGUUGCAGCUCUUGGGGCGGGUGUUUGUGCCGUGGUACUUUCUGCGGUGCGUCGCGGUGGACGCGGGUGGUAAAGGGUGGUUGCCGCUGUGGGACGGGGUGUGGAGCCCUCACGAGAACUGGCACUGCGCGAUACUGGUGCUUCACUGCCUGCAGCUGCACGCGGUGUCGAUCCGCCACGACGGGACGAGCGCGUUCGUCACCUUCCUCGAAGUCGUGGGCGGCUCCGGCCACGCCGGCGGGUGAACCAGUUUUUAGCAAACAAGACGAGACGUGUUUUGAUUUCACUCUUACGUGUUU